GAAUCUCCGGCUGGUGUCAGUUUUGUGGUAACUCCGACUAUUUUAUAUACCGACAUCAGUGGUUGUAUAGCAUAGUUUUCUUCGUUCUUUGAAGUUCAGAUAGGCUGUAAACGCUUUUGCUCGCAUCCAGCAACUGAUGUGUUAAGUUGAGGCCACUGAAAAGUGAAAGUAACGAGAGCCCCAUCUACAGACUCAUUAUUCAGUGUUCUACUCGUGGUACUUUCGCGUGGAGGCUAUAGAUGGGCGUGUAAAUAUUUAAACCUACAGAGGUAACAUAAAGAAAGGGAGUUUCCAAGUCAUCUGGGAGGACAUUGCAUUGAAAAAGGGGCUACUUUACUUAAUCCAGCAUUCUGCACGCCUGGAACUGUCAGCGACAUAUUCACAAGGUUAAGCAAACAAUUAUAUGCUGUUGACUAUAAUGAUGGUUUCCUGGUGAAAGAACCUGGCUCGUCGCAUCGAAAGAACAAGAGGACAUAAGAAUUUUGUGGAAUCCAGAGCAGUUUGUGUCAGGGCCCCAUCACAGUGCAAAGGCUAAUAAGCAGAGAAAAAGCAGAACCAUGUUGCAGUCUGAAUGCCGGCUCCUCAGGGUGCUGUUAGGUUUUAUUUGUGUAUUACUAAUGUGCAUGAGUGCAGCCCCAGAUCUCUGUGGACCUCUGAAAACAGUUAGGGACAGCCUGAACUCAACUCUUAGGAGACGCUAUAUGAAAAUGAACUUUCCCAUUAACUAUACCAUUCAAGUGCAUUAUGAGGAGGUGUAUAGGCUACGCAACAUUAGCAGACUGAGGAAUGAAUCUCUGGUGGAGCUUAGAGAUCUACAGGAUUUGUGGGUCUUGGUUAGUCAGCAGGGUAUAAAGAGGAUUUUAAAGGUCCUGCCUGAGAGGCAUCCUACACGCCGUAAAUACCUCUCCAAUCUGGAGAACCUCUUCAGAGAUUUCCAGGUGCUAUAUAUCCAACAGAAUCCCAGAGAUGAGGAGAGAGAACUUCCAGAGAGCAUACAAAACAUCUGUGAUAAGUUGAGGGACCCAUAUUACCAGGGAUGGAAAUCUGUUACACCAAAGUCCUUACUAGACAACUGUUAUCGGUCCAUGCUUUGCCUUUUCAAAGACUGCUUCUCAACAGAAGAUGACAGUUAUGACUAUUGUGAAGUCCUCAACCGGAGGAAAGAAAAGAAGACAACAUAGCAGCAGAUAUGGAAAAAAAUGCAGCAGCCAACUUGCCACUUGGAAGACACUCUACUGACCCCGCAGCUAUUGCUCUCCAUCAUUCAAAAUCAUACCCUCAUCCUCCAUCCACCCACCUGCCCACUUAAGUGUUUGCAUAUUUAUAUUUAAGCAGUGUUUUGCUAAUGUAUGACCAAGUAUGCACUGUGUGUGUGUUCUAUGAAGGAGAGCAGAUUUUAUUCUCUACUGUAGCAUUGUCUAUUGGUAAUUCCAAAAAGUAUUUGCCACUGUGACUUACAUUUCUUAGGAAAAUAAAUCUGGCGUUUUUGAUGUAUGCCAAAAGAGUAUUUUAUCAUUACCAUGUUGUAAAUGUUCCUGAAUUUGUUUAGGCUAGAUGUAUAGUAACAUGGAGCUUCUUUUGUAUCAUUUGCAUGCAAAUGUUGUGCUGACUGCUGGCUUGGUCGGCAUUGUUGCUUUUAACCAGAGUUUCUUUACUUUUAUGCUUUACUGCUGGUUCAAUGUUGAAAGAUUGCACCAAAGUAUUAUUAAAUGUACUAUAAAAAGCUGUUUAAGGUGAUCAAGUGUAUUAGAUACCAGAUUUUCACAUGUUUUAUAUACAGAUUUUAAUCAAGGUUAUUUAUUUGGACUCCUGCCAUAGAAUGUUCUGGUAACUGUUGUAAUAUGGCUUGGAAAAUAAAUCACCCCCAUGUGUUCA